CUGUACUGUGGCUGCAGUGAUGGGGAUGAAAAGUCCCAUUUUAUUGAAGGCGGAAGUCUUUCAUUGAGUCGCUAUGACGUAACUUGCUGCAGAAAGUAGUAUGAAACAGAAAGGAAAGAAUUGAAGAAUUAAAAGCUAUGACACAUUCUAGGAUGGCGGAAGGAAACGUUAUUUUCUCCUUCCAUCCUCUAUACUGACUGCAGGAAGCAGGAGUGUUAUUUAGGCUGUAAAAUGUGUGCGUGUGUGUGUGUGUGAAGGAAGAAGUACUUCAGAUUUGGUGUUUUAGUAAAUUGAAAGAAGUGCUGGCGCAUAUAGAAAAGCAUGAAAGAAACAUUUAAUUUCGAUGUUUCUCUUGAUGAAGGCCAGACUCUGACUGCAGUCAGAGUAGGUAGCCUAUGAGUAGGUAGAGUAUAGGCGUAGAUAGCCUACGAAUAAAAACUACAAUGGGGUUUUUUUUUUUUUUUUACUUGGCCCAUUCUUUUUAUUUGCCUGUGGCAAAAAAUAGUGUAAAUCUAACCCUUGAUCUCAAUCAAUCGAUCAGACGGCCAUAACUUCCAUAAUACAAGAAAAUAUAUACAAGAAACCAAAAUGCUUCGCCCCUCGAAGAGGCAGGAGUACGUGUGUCGAGUGGACGCUGAGCAACAUUUUAUCAUGAUUUUAUGUGGUGAACAUAGUUAAAAUCAUGGGUCGGGGACCCCAAAUAGGUGCGAUGUAAUGUUAACGUAUUUCUCUCGCAUUUUUUUUUUUUUUUUUUACUCGAUCACAGCCGGAAAAGAUUUUCAUGUUUUCAUAUGGCGCAUUUGCCAUCCUGAAGCAUAGCAACAAAAAAGUAAUAAUAAUGUUUACACCCUUUAGAAAGGGCAUAAUCGGAGUUACACAUCGAUAUCAUCGGUUGAUUUGAAGAUUAUUUUGAGCUUUAACGUACGCUAGCAGUUAAGAACGAUCGGUGUUGUGUUUUGCUGCGGAUCUCGGCAGAUUCAAAUUUUCCGCGUAGCGUGUGAGCGCGUAUGGGCCACUUUAUUGAAGAUUCGACCACGGUUUCGACCAUAGAGUUUAGAUUACAGUUCUUUUACCUGCAUUUAAGCAUAUCCAGAGAAUUAACGCACGUUGGUUAAAAUUGGUUGCCACAAUUUACUGCUGCAACCGCUUCCGGCGGCUGCAGUGUGCAAAAGCAUGACCUUCGAGACCACCUUUGGUACUCUGAGAAAGCCGUUGAUGGAGGGUACAAUUUGGACACCAUAAGCACCACUAGAAAAAAAAAAAAAUUACUGGUUGACAUAUGUUUCUAAGUUGCACCAUCCAGUGACUGUUUUCUCGGUGUAGUGCGUCUAGAAUACUUCGCGGUAGCGUAUAAUAAAAUUUAAUCUCGAAGGCUAUAAAACAAGAGACGCGAUCUUUUAACCACUUGUAACCCAUGUUAUAACGGUUCUCUUUCCGAGCCGUUACAAGUAUAAAGUUAGUUAUAACAACUUUUGUGCUUUUAUGUAUGGCAUGAUUUUACGUGUUGCUUCUUUUUUAUUUUUUUUGUGCGCUAUGGUUUAGCUGGGUAACAAUAAAUAUCUUCACUUAUUAAACAACCUUUAUGGCUAGACUUAUUUCUUACAAGCAAUGAUAAUACCAACAUUGGUUUUUAUAAUGAAAAGAAAUGCUUCAUGGUCUCCACUAGUUCUGGUUACAGCCACUAGAGUGCGCAAUCAAGCAAGUGGCGCCCUCCCCCGGCGCACAUGAGAAACAUGUAACGUUUAAGUUAGGGUUAGUUGGUUGGUUUAGUUAUCGUUAGCGUGCACCUUGCGCAACAUGCCUUCGUUGGCACGUUACCGAGGCAUGCCCCUGCGCACGAGAGACGCCGAAUGCGGCGAGCGAGCCGACGACUUCGCGUCCCCACCCCGGAGGACCUAGUUAAGCCGAGCGAAACCUCACCUAACCAGCACGGUUAGUAAGCUAACUAUUAGCGGAUAACCGAAUGCCUCUCUCAACGCCUGCAACAACCUUACAAAACCAAUCUCCGGAGACCUUACCACGCCUCCGGGACGACGAUGGUGCUCAAGUUUACGGUCGAACAGAUCGACCUGGUUCGCCGGCUAAAAGACACCGGUAUCACGAUGAAGGAGAUCGGCCUCAUAUACUUCAAGUUGGAGCGGCUGGAGCGCACCAUCCGCAGGGGCGCCGACCAGCGCCGCUCGCCUCCCCAGCACUACGUCGGUGCUAACGGCGGUAAAUUUACGGCACCGAACGGAGUCGCGACGCCUCCGACGACCGUAGCGAGCGUGCCGACGCAGCCGCCGUCCGAGCAAGCGGCGCCGAGGAACGAAGAGGACGAGUGCACGUCGAGUUCGGAGAGCUCGUCGACCGAGUCGCCGGCGAACCAGCAGCAGCAGCAGCAGAAUGGCUUUCAACAGCAGGAUUGCGCCGUCGCUGCAGUUGCAGACGGGUGUCAGAGGUCGGCGACUGCACCGCCGGACGCCUCGCAGGGACAUUCGAACGCUGUUGUGCCCCGAGGCGUUCAAGGCCUGGCAUUCCCACGGCGGCACCACUUCCGCUUCACCGACUCCCAGCUACAGGUGCUGCGGAGGGCAUUUGAGGUCAACCCCUAUCCCGAGGCGGACGAGAGGGAUGCCAUCGCCACUGAAUGCAACCUCAGUGCUCUCAAUUCUGGCGAACCAGUUCCCACAGAUGUGACCGCCAGCAUGGUGAACAACUGGUUCUGCAAUCGUCGAAAGGAUGCCAGCAAGCUGCUGAAGCACUCCACCCCGAGCACUGACAUGACAAGGCUGCCCCAGGACGCGCUGAAGCGGCUGACCAAGCAGCGCGAGCGCUUCACCUUUGUCAAGGGCCACCUGGAAAUCUUGGAGAGGCACUACCAGCGGAACCCUUACCCUAGCCAGAACGACAAGGAGAGGGUCGUGGAGGAGUGCAACGCUUACUCCAUGGAGAGUGGCUCAAGCCGGUGCGGCUUCAUGACAAUAACCAACGUGAGCAACUGGUUUGCCAACAGGCGCAAGAGGGAAUUCCACCGCUCAGUCCAGACACCUGACACGUUCACCCAGUCACCGCCAAACUAUGGCAAUACCGUGAGUAAUAACGUGGGGGGCCGCUCACUGUGGAGCUCGGACAUGCCCAUACAGCCACACCACCAGGCGCACCAUCCGCACCACCACCACCACAACGGCGGCAUGCAGACGACAAUCAAGGAGGAGCCGCUGGACUUCGAGACGGCCACUGCCGGCUCGUACGACCGCGAGGUGCUUCCCGACAGUGGGAUGUCGUGGAGCGCAGACCUUGAGAGCGCCGUCACGCACGUGCCCGCGCCGUACCAGCCGGUGCCUCCGCCGCCCCCGAUGGGGCUCGGGCAGGACGGCGUGCGGCACAGGAUGCACGGGAUGGACAGUCCGGUGCCCGGCAUGGUCCACGGCGGUGAUGGAACCGCGAUGCAGCCACCGCCACCACACUCGAUGCACCAGCCGGUCAAGCAGGAAGGCAGCGACAUGUGGCCCCUCGACAACAGAAUCCUCUCUGCGGGGUGGAGAUAGCUUGGUGGAACGGGCUCGCUUCUUUUCUAUGAUGUGGCCUUGGUGUCACCUUUUAAGCUAUUGCAUUGAGUUCUUGCGAGCGUCUUACUUGUCAAUUUGAAAUGUGAGUACUUAGCAGGCUGGCUGAAGUGUCUAAACUCACCUUUGAGGAAGAGGAAAGAAUUUCCACCAAAAAAGAAACAAAGAACUACUCGGGCAUUGCCACCAUACAGAAUAGGAUGUAGAUCACAUCGACACAAAGCAGUUAGCUGUACUGCCUUAAGACUACUUAUCUGACUUAAUAAGUGCAUAGUUUUUCCACAAGGGGGUGAGGCUUUUUUAGACAUUGCCAUGGUACAAAAUAGGACAUCAAUGAUGUCAACAUAGAAAGGCAGGUAACGCUUGUGCAACCUUGUGUCAUUAGGAUCUCGCAGCAAUCCUCUGAAUUUGUGGUUAUUCCCUGCAAGGUCCAAAACAUACUGGCUGCCUUGACAGGGCUUUUCUGUUUCAAAUAUUUUAUGUGGCUGGCUUUGCCGAUCUGCUGCUGGUAUGCUUCUGCAGCGCAUGGUUUCCUUUCUGUGCUCGUGAAGUUGAGUUGGCAGCGUUGCUCAUUGAGUGUGGCUAUGAUUUUCUAGCAUGCACUUCCUCUCGAACCGGGCACUUGAACAUGUUUUGCCAGGCAAUAUACCUCAAAUGCUCACCGUUGUACACCACUUCACUAUAAUCUCCCAGUGUAACCGAAACUGGGCCACAUAGUGCAGACAGCGAAAUGAACACUCGCUUGUGCAGCGCACUUCUGCAGCACUCUGCGUGAACUUCUGACCAAUGCCUACGUGUGCCACGUGAAAAUUCUUCCACGCACUCAGUUUCAUAUUCCGGUUCCUGAAAAUCCCCUCACGGGUCAUCAGACAUUGCCAUUCACGGCUAUCACCGCCUACCCUUUGCGAGCAGUAUCUUCACCUAUCUGUUUCAUAGAGCGCAUGGCUGACGAAGUGUACUGGAGGCUUUUAAUAGGCAAUAACCGAAAUGGGUGGCCGUUUUCUACCUUAGGCGGCACGAAGUGUUCGUCUUGUUUCGCUCUGGUGGCAUUGUAGCAUUGCGUUUCCGUCUCCCAUCGCCGUCUUAAAAACAACAUUGCGCAUCUCGGGUUGCUUAGGCCCCACGAGCUUGACGCGUGUCAGCUUCCUGUGUUACAGUAAUUUAGUGGGCACACCAAAACUUCCCACCAAAAUGCUUUGACUGAAAGCUGCUGACUCAAGCUGAAUUCGAGGAGCCUGUAUGUAAGCUUGCUGAAACCCCAAAAACGCCAGUGCGUGUCUCAGGCCGCUCCAGCCCCGUCAGAUCGGCCACCAGGUCUGCAUACUACACUUCGGAUUGCAUAGACGUCAACUAUGGUUGAUUCUGCUGUAUUGUCCUGUGACUUUGGAUCACACCUUUUCCCAGUUGGUGCGCUUUUUCGUACGUAUUGGGGAAAAGCGUCUGAACUAGGUUGUACUGUACGUCACCCGCACUCAUUAUUGUCUCUCCUCUGACCACUACGUCUUACCCGUUAUUUUCUGCACGAACACCUGUGUUUUCUACACAUUAAGUCAUCCAUGCAUCCAUCUGUCCACACCCAUUCGUCUGCAUUCAUUCGUGUGCACCUGAUUGUCUGCUUCCAUCCAGAAUAACCUGCAUACGUACACCCAUCUGUCUGCACUCGUAGAGGAAAGAAACAAACUAGGAGAGGCUCUGAUGUAAAUUCUUUGAAGCCAAAUAUGAAUGCUCCUCUGCCUUGGUGAGCCAUCUUCCUCCUCUUUUUUUUACUCUUUUUGCCAUGCCCUUUCCCAUGGCACGCUUUGCAGUCAAGCUUACGUUGGCAGGAUUGCAGAAAGUAGCGAUCGAGUAAAAGUGCUGCGAAUGUGCGCACGUGUGCUAACGAUUUUGCAAGCCGCCCACAUUACAUUCGCUCACAAGACCACAGGGGACCAAGGCACAGUUGCCAUGACAACAUUGCUGUUUGGAUCACCAACACCAGUUCUCUUUUGCAAAAACAAAGGACACACAACUUCCACCACACUUUUCCCAACGCAAGCCGGUCUGGCUGGGGCCUCUCCUUAGUUUAUUUUUCUUCUUCCACAGCCAGCACCUGUCCGUCUACGCCUGUCCAUCUACACCCAUCUUUCAGCACCUACAUAGCCGCACAAUGAACUCAUGAAUGCACGCUCCCUGACGGUGGGCGUCGUUGCUCAAAAAGCUGUCUGCUCCAUGAAGUGCGCGUGUAAGUGGCAAUGUUGUUGGAGUAGUACGUAAGUGUCUUGGCCGUGAGCCCCAUCAACAGAAAUGUUUGGUUGUUCGUGGGGCACGGGACACCAGUAGAGUAUUUGCUGUUUGGCAGACGUAUUCUGGCUGCCCAUUACUGCAUUGCAACUCAGCUGCGAAAGUCACAGUGUCACAAGUUCUUUAACACGGUCCACGUUGCCAAGGUUUUGUUGAAGCGUGAGGACCCUGCUCUUAGAACAUUUUUUUAAAUUUAUAAAUAAACUUUGAUGAAAUUUGCACUUUCUUUAUCGUAGCCUUAAUUGUGGUGACUGUCCAUUUUUGAAGGAGCAUUAUCUACAGCUCUGUUACUACUACUGAUACUGCUGCAGUUAUUUUGCUGUUUGAAAGAUGAACAUUUGAAAGGUUAUAGAAGACAAAGAUGUUCGUUGCUACUAAUACAACGUUUUCUUUUACCAGACGCCUUCUCUAAAGUGCCCCAAAGAAGUAUUGCUCCCAAAUAUUUCAAGGUCUGGAACAUUCACUUCAUACUUAUGGAAAUUCUGAUGUGCAAAUUUUUUUUGCUUUUGUUGGCUCUCCUCCGAGUGAACCAAGUGAAACUCUUAACACUUAACUGCAUAUUACAAAUGAAAAAAUAAAGAACACAUUUUAUUUUUUCUGAUGUAGAAAACGGGAUGCCAAAUUUCAGUCUAAAUAAAGAUGCUCACAAUGUCACCACCAAUUUCGGUUCAGCAGGUCAGGAUACACAAGGAGUGCAAGUUUAAUCAAUUCAUGCUCACAAGUGUUCAAACAAAAAGAAAAAUUGUUGUAAGAGUGUGGUCCUCCCCUAAUAUAAGGUGAGCACCGUGGCACUUGUAAGGAACCUGCCUUCAGUCAGCCUGCUUCGUCACAUUCUAUGUCGCUGCACUGCUCCCACUUGUCACGCCAGAACCGAAGGAGAUUGUGGGAAAACAAGUUGGAACAGCCCGUUUCAUUUUUUGCCUGACUGCAUGACGUUCAGGUGAUACCUCCACAGAUGCCUAGUUUUGGGGCUUAAGUGGAUUUAGUGUCCAGUUAUGUCAUGAUCACACUUCGCAGUUUUUAAGUAAUUGGGCAAGCGCAAGAACUGGUACGUAAGCUCAUUUCUUCUUCUUUGCAGUUUCGUUCUGGCGUGAUAGUACCAAUGGGGGAUGAUGGUAGAUGGGACCGUGGAACAGAGUUAGCAGCCACUGGUACAUCAGACUCGCGAUAGUUCAAACUUCAAUCAUUCGAAAAUCAAGGCAAUUCUACCUAGUCUAAAGUUUUCGGUCUGGCUUGAUUGCAACAUUUUCGGUGCAUUUUGAAGCCCGCUCAAUUCAAAUGCACGCAACCAGGAUUUCAGUCAAUUCAACUGGUAGGGGCAGAGGCAUGCAUCGGAAAACAGCCAACGAGGGAACGUUCACAAGGCACGAUUGCUCAGAAACGUGCCCGCAUUUGAUGUUUUGUGGUCACUGUAUAUUGUGACGGGCAUGCCCCUAUGAAAUGGCAUCGUCGAUCGGGGGUCGUAUUCUUGAUGGAUCACUUUCAGGCACAUCACAACCAGCAUGAGGUAACUGACUUGAGCCAGCAGGCAGGGCGCCCAUUUUUUCGCCGAGUCCCAGUGCUGGUUGUUAACUUCACAGAGAAGUCAAGCUGUCCCUAAAAGUGAUGUACUGAGAAUACUGGUUGUGGUUGCCCGCAAACGGAAUCAUGUUCUGUGUGUCUUUUCGUACUCCUGUUCUGGCCAUGUACAUGUUUGUGCGCAGCCGUGUGUGUCUAAUUGAGCUGGUUAUUGCCCAUGAAUCUGUUUUUGAUGGUACUCUGUUCAAUUUUGGGUGCUCCAGGCUACUAAUAAUUCAGACAAAAGGUAUGUUGUUCUUACAAGUUAAUCGACGUCAGUCAACUGCAUUAAUACACGUAAUGCUCUUUUUUUUUUGUUCUUCCUCUGACAUCCAUCCAGUUGGGUGCUUAACGAUGCACUCGUUUUGUCGUGUUCUUGAAGGCGUUGGGUUUGAGCCUGCGUUCCCGGUAUUGCUUUUUAACAGGCCAGGAGUGUGCAGUGGUAACUUGUGAUAUUGUACAGCCUGCUCCCGCAGGCAUUCCUCGGUUUUUGAUGAUUGUGAUCGCGCUGGUGUUCUCAUACUGUGGUCGUAGCAGUUGCUUCAUACCGUACUGCCGUGAUAAAUGCCGGCUUGCGUUUUCCACUUGGCUGAAGCGCACGCCUAUGUUCACUGACCAGAAAACUCGUCGACGACUACGACCACAGUCAGAAACAUGGCCCUUGUUGCUGGGCUCGUAUUCUGACUGGUCUCUGUUCGAGACUGUCCCUUGGCCACGAGUGCUUAUUGGCCAAAGCAGCGGUAGUUGUGGGGCCGGCUUGACUGCGGCGAGAAGUCCAGCCCAUCCAUGCCAACCGUGGUGGUAAGCAGUUGCAGCCUGCUAAAGCUUACGCAGGGCAACCUGAAAACAUGUUACUAAGUUCAUCUCGCAGUGACUCCUGUUUGCAAUCAAAAUCAAAUCUUUACGGCCACUGUAAGUACAAAAACUGCAGUGACACCUUGUAAUGGGGCUACAUUUAUUUAACAGCACCAAAAAUUGUGUUGAGCCAGCAAGAAAUUUAUAUUUGCAAAACGAAAACAAAAGAAAAAAGAGAAAUAUUUCACCGUCUGUUCUAAUUGUGGAAUGCCUAUGCUGCGACUGAAGAUCACCACGCGUGCAAAAUGUUAAGCUACGCAUGUCCAGAGGCAUUGACGAGUGAGUGCACUCCUUUUCAUAGGAGUGUCACAGGACACAUCAGGGUUAUUAAUCAGCCGUUCGCCACUGCUUUGCCUCACAGUGGAAUCGGCCCCAUUGCUUCUGCUUCGAUUUUUCGUUUCUUGUGUGGCCGGGAGACGGGCCUGGCAGUUACCAUAGUCAAAGUACGGGCCUUGGUGUACAGAAUGUUGCAUUGCUCAGCGCGGCAGGCGUAGACUUCUUGCUCGGACUGGCUCGCUCGCGCUCAUUUUUCGUGGACAUGGCGGCGUUUGGUGGUGGGUUUUGUUUACCGACACUUUUGGGUGCAGUGGUUGCCUGUUUUAUUAUUAUUAUUUUUUUCAGAGUUGGAACGAUAGCUUGGUAAGGAUUCAUGAUUCGAUAGGUUAGGCACAGAAGAUAUGUACACAAAAGGGACAACACAGACGCUGUCUGCAACGAUGUCUUCCUCACCGACGCAUAAGCUGGGAUACUCAAUGACUGCUAUGAUGCAAGCUAAACACAUGUGAGCUAUGAUAGUCAUUCACUUUCUUCUAAAUUAAUAGAAAUAUCCCAUUGCAUGAGCUGAAACGUAAACUGGUGCAGGAACCUUUGCUGCACACUGUGCAGCGGCACCAUCUGCUUAAAGACAUGCCAAUCAGGAAUUGUUAGUGAGCACAAGAUACUAUGAAUGUUUAACAUGCAAUUUUUGUGUUCAAAGAAAAGACAGCAAGGCAGGCAAAUUUUGUAGGAGGUUGUCUGGGAAUCGGCCAUCAAAGAAGGCACUGAACUGUGGUGAUGCGCUGGUGCUGCCAUCACAGACUCAGUUUCUCUCUGCCUUAGUGGCGCUUCUCUGCUCUGCACGUUUGCAUUUUUUUGAACCACGUGACCAUGAGCAGCGAAUGGAAAGCAAAUGUGCAACUCUUCUGUGGGAGCAUAUACAGAAAUGUUAUGUAGGGAGAGGGAAAGUACUGUACAUUUAAUAAAUUCUGGCAUGGGCAGUUCAUUGUCAUAGCAACGACCACUGUUGUUGGGAAAUAGACAUUUUUGGUUACUAUGCUGCCACAUGUGGUGCCUACUUGCAAUUAUUUUUGAGAUAAAACAGACAAGUAUUGCACCAGAAGAGGGCACUGCUCAUGAGGGACCACCAGAGGAUGUUUAUGUUCAAAAACUGGUUGCAUGAGCGAGUGAAGGGAGCUAACCGUGGGAGUUGUUUUGCACCUGGCUCUCCAAACAAUGCAACAUUCGGUAUGAUGAGAAGCUUCAUAUUGUUGUGCAGCAGCCUCGGCUGACGCAUGUGUGAAAGGAGGUAUCCAAAUGGAUAGUGGCCUUGGGUUGUGAUAAGAAAUGUGUGUGAACCUGUAUGUAUGAGACGAUGAUAUCCAAAUGGAUAGGGGCCUUGGGUUGUGAUAAGAAAUGUGUGUGGACCUGUAUGUAUGAGACGAUGAUAUCCAAAUGGAUAGGGGCCUUGGGUUGUGAUAAAAAAUGUGUGUGGACCUGUAUGUAUGAGACGAUGGUAUCCAAAUGGAUAGUGGCCUUGGGUUGUGAUGAGAGCAGAGUGUGGACUUGUGUGCUUGCGUGUGCAUGCAAGACAACCUUGUGGAUAGAGGCCUUGGAGUCUGGUGAGACCAGUGUAUGGACGUGUGCAUUUGUGUGAGUGAAAAAAAAAAAAAGAUAUCCGAAUGCCUUUUCGAAAGGGGCCUUGCUGCUGUGAUGAGACGCGAGCAUGUGGAUGCGUUGUGUCUGCGUGUGCGUCAAGAAGUUAUCCAAAACGGAUACUGUAAGGGGCCUUGGGUUGUGAAGAGAAUAAUGUAUGGCACAAUGUGCAUUUGUUGUAUGCUUGUUGAGAUUUAGCCAAAGGUGAAAAGCUGCCAAGUUACCGGUGCAAAAUAGUUUUGCAUGGACGUCUUCAUGGGUGUGGGGUGGGUCGCACAGUAGUGAGAGUGGGUUGGAAAUGGGGGUGUGCACUUGAAUCUUCAACUCCGCUUUGACGGCCCUUGUAUUCGGCUGCAGCAUUCUGUAUGCCUUUGCAUUGUUCAGUGGUUGAGGAAGUGAAGAUGAGCACUGUGUUGUUUCUUUAAUGGCGUCUCGUUAUAGUGGGCUUCAGAAAGAGACACGUACGAAAACCCGAAAGCAGAAUAGAGAAAAACAGACUUGGCCCGCAACAUUAGCCUCAUGGCUUGCAGUGUUCUGAAACAUGAAGUGUUGUGCGGGCACUUACAUUUUGCCGACAGGUCCGGCUGUGAUCGAGGGUCGCAUCUCGAUUGGCUGCUUUCGGGAAUCUCACCUUCAGGGCAUGUUGAUCGGUUAAAGCGGUGAACAUCUGGACGAAAGGAACAGCAGACAUGUCACCUGCAUUGUUUUCACACAUGGCGUAGAUCUGGAGUGCGUUUGGCAGGAUGGCCGCAACUCCAGUCAGGCAUUCCACUGGAUGUUGCAUUGUCGCACAGGGACUGAAAAUGUCCUGUAAAGCGACUGAUGGAGAAACUAGGCUUAAUUCUCAUGCCUGUGAGCCUACACGCCAUGCACGGAACACGCCGUUUCCAUGCGUCACGGUCAAACCGACCAGUCCCGGCCCAUCGUACAUGCAUUGUCGUGCCGGUGUUUUUGCUCACUCAUUAGGAGGGGUGCCGGGCCAUCUGCUUCUAAGCAGUUGGUUGCCAGAUGCACGCCUGCUCAAAGGCUGGCGAUAUCGACGGUGCUCAUCGUCAGAGAUCACAUCAGCAGCUGCUGAUUUGUAGCUAGCCAUGGCGGAACGGCACCUCUACAGUAUUCUGUCUUUUAACAGCCGUUUCUGCUGUCUCCUGUCGGAAUUUGGUGCUUAACUUGAUUCAUUUCGCGAGAAGGGCAUACUUAAAGCUUUGCACUGCAAGCUGUCGCACAGAAUUUUAACCUCUACAAUUGCUGUCCUACACACUCUACCUUGGAUUGAUAUUGGUGGCUUGUAGUUGCUUCAAAGCCACUGGUUGACGACAUUUGCGGUCACCAGCUGCAAAUGUUUUCGCUGCUUCAGUAUAUGUUGGCGCACUUCGUCGAUGCCCUUCUAGUUGUUCUUGCUACAGCUUGUGUAUCGGGCUUAUUCCGGCCAGCUGGGAUUUGUGGCUGUUUUCUAUUUUGAAGCCCGCACGUUCGGUUCGACCACAGCAGCAAUACAGGGACCGGUAACCUGCCAUGGCAGGAAACAACAUCAAAGAUUAAUUUAAUGAUUGAUCAUUGUGCAGCUCUUUCUUUCUUUUACACACGUUUUUGUUCAUGAAACCUGAAGUUGUUAUGGAAGGUGGAAGGGUGGCAUGUUUUGUUAUUGUUUUGUGUUCUUGCACGACUAAUCAAACAGUUCAGAUGUGCUCAUGACAGUUUUUACCUUGUCGCCGUUUUUGUUACCUUGCAAUUUAGUGAACAUUUUUUUUGUCGCAGUACAAAACUUAGACUCUUUGAGCCAGAUUCUAUUCUUUUUCCUUUUUUUUUGUAAUAGAUGAGUGGGGUUGUGUUCUCUGCUUUAUGGAUCUUUAGCACACAAAUGCAGCUUACAAUUAUUAUGUACAUUUGUGUAUGAAACUGUAAAUAAGCUUUGCCAUGCUCACUUCUGAUGGGUGUUUAAAACAUGAGAUAUCGACUUUGGCAAUGUGUGACAUCAAUGUUUGCCACAUGUUGUUAUGUCUGUUCGAGCUUCAUCGUGCACUCUCACAAUCAAGAAUAUAGCAUGCUGGUGAAUACCGUUGGACAUGUGGCCUGUAUUUGUGGGAACACUUUGGUGUGCUAAUUCGUCAUUGCACGGGACUGUUCAUCUGCUAACUCGGCACUGUGUUGAACCUUGCAUUGCAGUCACCAUGCUGCUGUGUUUCUCUUUUAAGCGAUCCUAAAGGCAAGCGUUAAGGGAAGCCAAGGUGAUGGAUCGAUGUGCUUAAAUGUGCAAACUGGCAUUCUUACAAAGAAGAGAACUUUUAAGAAAAUGGUGUAAACGUAGGACUAGCAGUUGCACCAAUGUUUGUGAUGUACGAAACUAGCUUUUGGUGACGGCUGGUGACCUCCUUAUAACAGGUAAAUAGUAAACAACCAUUGGUAAGGACAGUGUUAGCUUCUUCUAUAAACGUAUGCAGUUGAUGAAGUGCCAGAAUGCCAAAAAGAUAGAAGGCGUGGCAGCACUGGUGAUGCCAUCUUGUGGUGGAGACAUCAACUAGAGCAACCAUGUUCUACACGUCUGCUUGGGCAAACACGUUAUAUAUUUAACAGGUAAAUAGCAAACAACCGGUAGUAAUGGACAGUGUUAGCUUCUUGCGUAAACGUAUGCAGUUGAUGAAACGCCAGAACGUCAAGGAGACAGAAGGCGUGGCAGCACCGGUAGUGCCAUCUUGUAGUGCAGACAUCAACUAGAGCAACCAUGUUCUACACGUCUGCUUGUGCAAACAGAUUGUUAGCAACCAUUGUUUGCGUUUGCUGGAUUUCAUUUUCUUUCUGCCUCUCUUGCUAGAAUAAAGAUGAAACAUUAAAAAAAAUAAAUGUUUGUAAGGCAUUGUAGCUGAAGAAAGCAUGACAAGAUUGCGCUACCAGCCCUGCUGCUGCUGUCGAUACCUCCAGUAUUCUGGUACAUUGUGAAUUGUAAUUCAUUUACGAACAGGAUAAAGCUCUCAAAUAAUGAAACUGAUCACACUUGAACCAGAAAAGAAAAUGCGCUUUGGUCAGUCUUUUAGAUUUCCUACAGAUCAACUUGCUGAUGCUACCUGUUCAAACUUCUCCUUCGGUGCUCUUUGCCCGAGUGUGCCAACCUCUGUGUUUAGGCCUCAGUCUUGAAGCCUUGCCAUAAUAUCCAGCAGAGUGCAACCUAUGGAAUGGCCAUUGCCAUGGCAAGGGACAAACAAUGAGAUAUUUUGAGGAUUGAUGUAUCGCUCUAGCUAGACAAUUUUUGGUUUUAGUGUCUCUUUAAGCACAGCUGUGUGCCAGACAUGACUGACCAAUGAUCCGAGCCAUUCAUAACUCAAUUGCUUUCCAGCAGAACGUUCCGACACGGACAGGAGGAGACGACGACACAUGCUGGACUAGCAGCUGAAUGUUUAUUAUUGAUUUCCGGUUUUCCAACUCCUUAGGUUGAAAUGUCGUCUUUGUGCAAGUAGCCCUUUUCUUUUUCUGCUAGUAGUAUUGAUGGUGUACUGAUGCAAGAUUUCCCGCUUCUUUCAAUUGCCAUGGCUUCUAAAAUCUCGCACGUCAGCUUGUCUAUUUUUUCCUAAAACUUUGAUGUCACGAAAUUGAAUGGUGCAAUGGUGCUAGCGAUAAUGAAAAGCGAGAUGCCCAGUGGAGAUUUCUCGCAAAUGGUGCUGCAUGCUCUCUUGGUCCUGUCAUUGCUACAGGAUAAGAGAGCAUGCAAAAUAAGCAGUGCUCAAUGAACCACAACAAGCACGCUAUCUGCAAAAUAGGGUUGAUAUAUGAUGUACCCUUAUCAUGUGGCCGACGAUACAUAGGACAAACGGCAGGUGUAUCAAUCACAGGAAAAGGGAGCACGCAGCAUCUUUGAGAGGAAUCCUCUGGUGGGCAUCUCACUUUUCAUUAUCACCAGCACCACUACACCGUUCAAUUUCACAACAUCAAAGCUUUAGAAAAAAGUAAGGACAAGCUGACGUGCAAGAUUUUAGAAGCUAUGGCAAUUGACAGAAGCGGGAAAUCUUGCAUCAGUACGCCAUCAAUACUACUAACAGAAAAAGAAAAGGGCUACUUGCGCAAAGAUGAUAUUUCAACCUAAGGAGUUGAAUAAUCUGCAUUAAAAAACAAAUAGGCAUUGGCUAUCUUGUGCUAUAAAGAGUAUAGAAAAUCAAUAAUAAACAUUCAGUAGCUAGUCCAACAUGUGUCGUCAUCUCUUCCGGUCGGUAUCAGAACGUUCUGCUGGAAACCAAUUGUGGUAUGUGCAACCAACGAGCUCAGGCGAACAUUGUUCUGCAAUUCAUAACUGUUUGCCAUCUACUCAGUGUUAGCAUUGCUUAGUGAGGCAGGUAUAAGUGGCUCUCCUGAGGAAACUGCUUGCCCAUUUGUGCUUGGAUUAUGCAUGGAGAAAGAGUUUCUGCAGUUUUUGUUUACACCUAGUUUUGAUGCAGUAUUCACUUGUUUAGUCCACAACAUGUCUCAAUUAAGUACCGUCUGCAGCGAUAGUGAAUAAAAAAAAAAUAUUUUUUGGCAGGAGGGUGAGUUACAUCUUUGGUCUCUUAUACAAAUAGAUGUCAUAUACUUCUGAUUCAUUGUGGAGGAAGAAGGAAUGUUCUGCACCUAAACUAGGAAGUGACACAAAAUGCACCAUCGCAUACUGCCUGUGUGCAAAAUUGGAGCAUUAUCAAACCAGUGGUUCAUUGUGUGCGUGAUUCUCGAGGGAUGCAGCACUGUGUACCUUUGGUUGUGACCACCUGUGCCCCCAGCAGCACGUUGUAGCCAGUGAGCUGAAAGCACAGCAAAAUAACCUGCCUCAUUAUGCAAGCACAACCGUGAAAAAGCUACCGCUGUCCAACCAUUGGAAUGAUUUGCAGCUGCUGGAUCCUCGCUUUGACGGUAAAUGUCUGUGCGGUUUGCAGCACACGGUAGGCACCGAACUUAACGUGAACAAGACAACUAGUCUGGAUAAAAACGGCACAGCUAUUACUUUGGUGGCGUCUGUUCUCGGCCGCUCACCAGCGCCACCUGUUCAGCAUUCACAACGGUGCAGUGGCAAGCCCAUGUGUGGUAGCCGCCAACGCUUAGAAUGACGGGCUCUCACUUACUGCGGGCACAGAGUUGUCGCAUGACUGGCAGCGUGCACACAGUGGCGAGUUGGUGGUGUCAUAUUUGCAUGGCCGCUCGAUGGAAAAAAAAAAAGAGGGGCGCAGCCUGCCUAGUUGCAUUGGGCCAUAGUUACACUAGCAACCGCUUUCAGUGCGACUAGUCGGGGUUGGCUAAAAACAAUUGGCGGUCACAGCAGCGUCUGCUGCGAACGGAUGCUUAUGUUGCAUUUGCUUUAGCAUAACGUGCCUGUCUAAUGCAUUGAAACAUCUACUUCAUUGUGUGCAAGCAUCACCGCAGCUAUUUGAAAGAGACUGCAAGUUAUAGAGCUCUGGGUUUACCCUGUCGGCGUGUGGUCACUGUGGCUGCCUGCGACAUGCUUAUGCCUGUAUUUCACUCACGGCAGAUGAUGCUACAUCAAUAACAUGUUGGAGGUACGCUUUACUCGAUCGAUGCCUAAAUUACCACAGCUGACUUUGAGCAAAUGCGCUGCUUUACAUUAGGUGAUUUUAAAUUUCCCAUGUUUGGUCAUCAAGCCACCUCCCUCCCCCUUUGGCUAGUUGGCGUGGCACCCUCGCACUGUGUUCUUUUCCAUCAAGCGGCCAUUUCUGUGCUUCGUUUGAAGCCUGUCACUUGCAGGCUGUCAAACUCCUGACAGUAAACAGUGGUAAAUGUCGGUUAUUAUCGUUGUCACCUGUUGUGUGUGUGUCUCCGGAAGAAAGCACUGACACAUGACACGUCACCCCUACCUGUAGUCGACGUAAUUACCUGCCCUUUAUAUGGAUGGUCUUUAAUCAGUGGAAGAUUACAAAACAUGGUGCUGUGCGGGACUGCGUGUGUUGACGUUUUGGGGUCCACGAGUUGUUGUUGUCGUAGUUGUACUACUCUCGUUCGUGUCGUUGGAGGAAACAUCAGAAGUGUCAGAUUUCAUCCUUAAAAAAAAAAAAAGCGCACUUGUGAUUGUGAUAAGCACGAGAAGUCAAUGGUACAAGCGAGAUUUGUUAUGAUGGAACACGGCGAGCUUACCACUGGUUUUUUCCUGGGAGCCUGCCAGCUGGGACCUGUCGUUGACGGCACAUUUGGUAUCCCUGUAUAAAAGAUCAUUUUUUUACCGUAGCGUGUCGUAUUUUUGCACCUUUUAAAUAUGAUGAGUUGCGUUGCCACGCAUGUGAUAAGAUGUCGUUUCGAAUUGUCUUGCUUUGUGAGCACUUCAUUUAGAGGUGAGCUUUGGUAUCUUUUCUUCGUUCUUUUGCUGUUUAUCUUUCUUUCUUUUUCUUUUCCAGCAUCGUACAGAAUUAUUUCGAACUUUUGUCGUGGUUCUCGUAAUCGGUAUCUGCGAGAAAAUACCACUGUUUGUGUGCUUUCUUUAGCAUUACUUUAGUAUCGGAUCUUUUUGUGUGUGUUUGUUUUUGUACAUGGUGUGUACAGUUCUAAGCAUUUUGUCUGAACGUAUUUUUUUUUUCUCACUGUCACUACAUACAGCACACUUCUCUUGUCACUGUACCUCACACUGCUCUUUUUUACUGUGUGGGUCAACCUGUCUGUGAUUUCAUUCUAGGCCAGUUACGAGACAAUUCACUGAAUGUGUAUUGCCGUAUUAAAGAUUUUUUUAUCUGCGC